AUAAAACUAAAAUGAGAGCUGCGGGGGGCAGUAGUAAUAGUAGACUUGCCUCUUUAGAAGCAGUCACCGCCGUUGUCCGCCAUGUUGAGAUUAGUCACAGCACUAGCUUUAGUAGCAGCAGCUUUCGGGCAGGGCUACCAUGGCGACCCAAGAACAGCUGCCAUCCUAGCUGAAGACCGCUACCUUCAAGCCGACGGCAGAUUUGGGGCCCAAUACCAGCAAGAAGAUGGAGUGAACUUCAAAGAAGAAAGUUCCCCGGACGGCACUCGAAAAGGUUCCUACUCUUACGUCGAUCCCAACGGCCAAAGACAUACUAUCAGUUACACAGCUGGUAAACACGGAUUCAUGGCUACUGGAGAUGGGAUCCCACAGCCUAUCCCCACCACCUUACCAGUGGCGCCUAGACCUAACUACACCCCACUGCCUCAGUACAACCCUCCUGAGUACUCUCAGCCUCGCCCACAGCCUCAGUACCAGCCACAGCCUCAGUACCAGCCACAGCCACAGCCUCAGUACCAGCCACAGCCCCAGCCUCAAUACCAGCCACAGCCUCAAUACCAGCCUCAGCCUCAGUACCGGCCUCAGCCUCAGUACCAAAGCACCACCCCAGCACCUCAUAGGUUCUAUCCACCUGGAAAGCUGAAUUUGAAUAGGUCUCCAGAUGGUUUCCAGUUCAGUUUCAAGAGUGCUUAGAGAGUAGGAGAAGCCAUUUACGAUUAUUGAAAAAGAGACUAAUAAAUAUUUGUCAGCUCGCAAACAAGAGGUACUACUUUGGAGCUGAUGGAGAAUUUUUUUGAAAACUCUAACAGUUAUUUCAAUCUGAAGUGAUACAUUUUUCAACCUCUGUUAAAAAAAUUCAAUUAUAUGUAAAUAUUAAAAAUCAACUUUUCUUAUAUGUUGAGGAUAUUUCGUGCUUGUAAUAUUUAUUAAUAGGAUAUUGAGUGAGGGUACUAGUUUGUGAUAGUAGACUGAUUGAAUAAAAAUUGAAUCUGGUUAAAA